AGAUCUGCAGCAGUGCGCAGGCGCCGAAGAUACACUGCUGUCACCUGCUGCUGGGCUGCAGACACGACCUACAGUAGUGGCCCAAUUGCCUUGCAAAACUGUUCUCUGUCCAGGGAUAGGACAGCGACUGGUGUACACAGCAGACGAGUGCAGUGCUGAUGUGAUGCUGGAAGACCAGGCUGCGCUGCACUGAGCCCUCCAUGGCUGUUACCACCAUGGACUCUGAGUCAGCCCGGACACCUCAGCCUCAGGCUGCCCUGACAAAAGGACACCAUUCAGUGUUUUCUGCUGGGGCUCUGAGCGCCAAGUUGGGCCCUCAAGGAAAGCACUAUGUCUGUGGUUCCAUUGCAGCCUUCACCAAUAUUGUGGUGACCUUCCCCAUCCAGAAGGUGUUGUUCCGCCAGCAGCUGCACGGUGUGUUUGCUACUGAGGCAGUGCGACAGCUCCAGAGGGAUGGCCUGAGGAAUCUUUAUAGAGGCCUGCUGCCUCCGCUGCUCCAAAAAAGCACUACAGUUGCCAUCAUGUUUGGCCUGUAUGAGGACUUUUCCAGAGUCUUGCUAGACAGGGUUGGUAGCAGCGGUGUGCCAGAGCUGAUCACACGAAGCUUUGCUGCAGCAUUGGCAGGAACUACUGAGGCCAUCCUAACGCCAUUUGAACGUGUGCAGACUCUUCUACAAGACCACCGGCACCACGGGCGCUUCAACAACACAGCCCACACUUUCCGGACACUUCUCUCCGAGUAUGGUGUCAAAGAGUGCUACCGUGGCCUUAUUCCCAUACUCCUGCGUAAUGGCCCCAGCAAUGUUCUCUUCUUCGGGCUCCGGGGGCCCAUUAAAGAGCAGCUCCCAGAAGCUACUAGCCGAUUUGGUAACUUGGUUAUUGAUUUUGUGUGUGGAGGGGUGUUGGGGGCGGGCCUUGGCAUUAUGUUCUACCCAUUAAAUGUGGUAAAAUCACGGGCUCAGUCCCAGGUUGGCGGAGCCUUCCAGCCUUGCAGGCAGGUGCUGUUAACAGUGUGGAGGGAGCGAGGUGGCAGCCUGGCCAAGCUCUUCAGAGGGGCCCACCUCAACUACCACCGCUCACUGCUCUCCUGGGGAAUCAUCAACGCCACCUACGAGCUGCUCCUGAAGCUCUUAUCAGAAGACGAAUGGAGAGGCUAAAAUAGAGAUUUAGAGUGGAAGAGAAUGUAUUUAAAGGGAAAAACUUUUAUGUAGAGGUGAAGCCAAUUUGAAGAGAGAAAUCUUAAAGUAAAGCCGUUGCAUUUGCUGUCUGGCACUCUUAGUGGGACAGAGAUUCCAGGACUGAAAUAUACCAGUGGAGUUGCACUUCUGAUGGGGGCCAACAGUCAGUGUAAGAUAACCAUAUGCCAUUGUUACUUUUCACUGUUGUCAAACUGUUUAAAACAAGACACACACUUUAGCCUGUACAAAACUUGUGCCAGGGUCCAAUUGAUAUGACCGCGCUUGCUCUGUAUACAAAAGACUGGAAGGAACAAACAGACCUCCAGUGCUUUUUUUCCUGACAGUUUCAAGAGGUUACCUGACUGGAUUCACUGUUUUGUAGGAGAAGCUGUUUCUUUGUAUGUGCUGUGGUGUUUUGAAGACAGUCCAUCUGUGUGUUUGACGAGGAGCAUGUCCUCUGUGAAGCUGAAUUCUGCCACCUUUGUGCUUUUGAAAAUGCCCCCCAAAGAAAUAAUGUCAAGGAGACGCUAAUAAAUUCUUGGCCGCUAUAUUUCUGCUCGCUCUCCACUAAUUCAGAGUAGAAGAAAUCAAGACGAAUGCGUCUGAAAUUGUUGAAACCAGUGUCUGUGAUACCCAUAUUCUUAGAAAUGCCAUUGAAACAACAAGUUAAUAAUGACGGGCAGUUUCUAUUUUCACACCUGAUUUAUCUAUGUGAAUUUUGAUAAAUACUGUUUGUUUUAUUUCCUGAAGUGCUACUGGCAGGGUGUAUUGUUUUGUUUUUUAGUUUUGACAAGUACCCAGUUUUUCUUUUUAUGAGCUUACUCUUUUAUUUUAUUCAUGUGUCUCCCUCCUUUUGCUCCCACUUUGAUAUUUCCUUCCCUCACGCUUGCCCUCCUCUCUGUCCGUAACAUCUGUUGACAUAAUGGGCUCAGAUUUCAAGCUUGAGUAGAUGCAGUCACCACACUGCAGCUCUGGCUGGGUACGACAGCCCGAAGAGGAAAGGCAUGCUGCUCGGACACUUGAGAGAGGCUGCAGAGCAAUAGUGCUGAGAGAAGACAGGGGCAGAGGGUAAUGUUCAGUGGCACAAAAAGCUCAAGCUGCCAUGUAAAUGGAUCACUCGGCCUAUUUCUUCGCUUUUUAUUUUGACUGUCCACAGUGUACCGUGUUUCAUGAGAUGUUUUUCAGAAUUUUCUAGGAUUUCCUCUUUGAAAGUGAGACUUUGUAUUUCCAAGCGGGACGCCCUUGCUGAUGCUCAAUGCUGUUUAUCACUUUGCUGAAGCACAAGUCACAAGAUCUCUAUGAAAAUGUCAAAAUAACAAUUGCAACCAAAUGAAAUGUUUAAAAUCAGUCCAUUAAAUACGCUGAGAGUGA